AUGAAGUCAUUCUUUUCACGUGUUGUGAAUUCAUUAAAGUUGAAAACCACACGAAGUUUACCGCGUGCGGAUGUUGACUGCAGUGAUUUUGUUACAACACGACCAGAAGCUCCAAGUGCGAUGCGACUACGUCAAGUUGUAUACAAACGUCGCUACGGCGGACAGAAUUCCACAACAACAACAACAGCAGCAGCAGCAGAGGAAACAGGAUCUACUUCCACCAGCACGGAUACUACUAACGAAAGUACGCAUAUGAAUACUUCCACGACGGAGUCAUUACGGCGAGAGGCAUCUGUGCGGAGUUCAGUGUUUGAUUUAAUGUACCGCUGCGGUGGUAAUGGUCGCUGCGUUGAGAAUGAUCACCUCUGUCGAUUUCCAUGCUGUUUCUCUAUGCGGCCCAUCACAAAAGGUGCAGAAGUGCUUGCAGAACGUUUUGCCUAUGAAGUGGAUGACGCCCCAACACCGCAGAUACGCGCUAUUGUACAGUUAGCCAAAGCAGAGGAAUUGGAAAAGGCUGUGAAUAGCAUUCAACACUUGGUGGAUGCAGAGAUACAGGCGGCUGCGGGUGGGCGUGUACUCUUGGCAGGAUUGCGGCAAAAGGAAUCCGCAGAGCAACAAGAACAAGAACACCAACGACAUCUACAAAAAGAUUAUGAAAAUACGUUUAGUCCUGCGGAGGCUAAGUAUGGUAGUGAAAGUGCAGCAGAGGGUGUGAAUCCACUACUAGAGAAUGAAAAAUUACGAAAUGAAGUAAUAUCUCUUUAUUUAUGGCGUGCCGUGUUGCUUGUAAACAUGCGAGCAGAUGAACGGGCUGUAAAUUCCUUGUUGAAUCUUGCCCCUCUGGUGCCGCAGCAGGAUCGAGUAAGACUCUACACCGCUGCAGCUACAUGGGCCGCAUUAAAUGAUAUGGAAGUAAUAUACUAUCGAUCCUUAUUACAGCAAUAUGUAUCUUUCCCUACAGCAGAGACAUUUGCACAUCAUAGACCAUUACUCCUACGGCGUGUCUUGAUAGCAUGUGGAGAGUUAGCGUACUUUGUGGAGUGUGCAACGCAUAUUGUGUUUGCGAAGGAAGUGACGGCGGCCGUUUCCCGUGCACAAUCAGCGCAGAUGCAUGGUGAUCUCACAGAAGAUCCAAUGAAGAGUUUAUGCAUUCCACUUGCCCUUCGUUAUUAUCGCUUUCACGUGGAUGACGCCUUCUGGUCACACUUUCUCCGCUUGUUGUGUAUGCCGCCUAUUCCUGCCCCCACCACAGAGACAGAGAGUGCGUGUGAUCCGGCGGAGCAGUUGGGACUCACACCAAACUACGUAUUAGAUGCCGUGGGCCGAUCUAUGUUACUCCAUCAUCUCGCCAUGCUUCACGAGGCACGUGAGAGGGAAAUCGCUAGCGGCGCUGUUGCCAAUACUGUAAAGAAAAUAAAGGCAACAGAAGGUGAGGCGGCGGUGGUGCAUCCUUCACACUAUGAACGUGUACUCACGGAUGGGGAACGUGGGAUUGUGGUGACACGACUGAGGGAGUUGCUCAUGCACGUGCGCACCUACGAGGCAAAGGAGAAGUCAUUGAAUGGAGGAGAGAAGGGACGUCUAACUGGUAUGAAUACAGAAGGAGUAGCAAAAAAGAAAGAAACAACAACAACAACAACAACAACAACAACAACAACAACAACAACAACGAGUGCCACACAAAAUAUGGCAUCUGGGAGUAGUGUGGGAAAGACUUCUACAGGUGAUGGAGAAGGCAAAUCAUCUCCAUGA